AUGGCAUCUAGCAAGAAGAUUGCGGUCUUUCCAGCAGCUGGGAAACUGGGGACGAGCUUCUACACUCACCUGUCUCAGAUCGUGUCCCCUGAACGACUGAUAUUGAUCUCGCGGCAUCCGGAGAAAAUCUCGAAAAGCCUGACAGACGCUGGCGCAGAGGUCCGAAAAGCAGAUUAUGAUGCCCCCGAGAGCCUCAACGACGUUUUCGAAGGGGCGUCAUACCUCUUCCUGAUCUCAUACCCAAGCAUUCAGAUCGACCACCGCUUCAAUGCACACCGGCAAGCGAUCAAUGCGGCUCUAAAGACCAGUCCCGGCAUCGAGCACAUCUUCUACACCUCUCUCGGCUUUGGCGGAGAUGGAAAUCCCGAAUCAAAGGCGUAUGUUAUGCAGGCACAUUUGAAGACCGAAGCCUUCCUGAAGUCGCUUGUUGCAUCGAAACCGUCCUUGACCUUCACUUCGAUCCGUGAAGGCAUCUACUCUGAGACCUAUACAAUGUACACCUCGUUCAUUGACCUGACGGAUCCCUCGGACAGCAUCAGAAUUCCACAUGAUGGCUCUGGUCCAGGAAUUGCGUGGGUCAAGAUCGACGAGCUCGGGGAGGCAAGCGCAAAGCUGGUGAAGGAGUUCACUGAAGAUCCGACAAGCUCACAAUACAAAAAUCGCAUUGUGAUUCUUACCGGACCAAAGGACUACAGCUUUCGGGAAGUAGCGAGCAUCCUCAGCAAGAUUGCGGGGAAGCAGAUUCGCGUGGAGCAGGUGACCGAGGAGGAACACUCCACUAACCCGGCCGUGGUGAAAGUGAUGGGAGCCGAUCAAGGCACAGCUGCGGCUUGGACAACCGUAUUUGGAGCUGUAAGGGCGGGCGAAAACUCCGUCGUCAACGGUGAGCUGGAGAGGUUGCUGGGUCGUGAAGCGGAAGGUUUCGAGACAACGGUACGGAAAUCACUUGCGGAGGGCACCUGGGUGCGUCGGUAG